AUGAUUUAUAAACCAGAGUUGUUAUCAGAAGAAAAAUAAAUGGAUAAAACAAUUAAAAAUAUAAUUUAUGAAGGAAUCAAUUAUUAAGUCUAUGAAAACUGCAGUGGUUAAUUAAUAAGGACAUAUAAUUUUGACAAUGUUUAUGAUUUAAAUGAAUUAAUUAAAACUUUAGAAUUGGAACAGUAUUUAAGUAAAUAAACAGACCUUUUAUAUGCUCCUUAACAUUAUCAUUUAAAUUAGAAUAAUAAGAUUUAUAUUUAAUAUUAGCUAUUUACUAAAAUGCUUGGAUAGGUAUUAUAAGAAAAUAUGAUUGUUUCUCAAUAAUAGAAAGAAGAUUAAGAAUUAUAUAAUGAACUGAUAGAUGAUAAUGAAAAAAUAUAUGAGGUAAAUCCAUAAGAUUAUGUAAAAGGAUUGCUAUAGAAAACCUAAAAUCUUAAUGUAACUUAAAAUUUAAUAAAUACUGUCAUAAAGUUAUAUGAAUUAGAAUUAAAAGGUCAUAUGAUUGUUAACAUCAAACCAUCAAAUAUCAUAUAUAAUUUUGAGAAUAUUUAAUUUAUGGAUAAUUUUUUGUAAAGCAUUAAAUUUGAAGUUAGUUUAGAAGAAUAUUUAAUCUUAGACUUCAUAAAAUAAUAGUAUUAAAAUAAUAAUUAGAGUUUAAAAAAUCUUGGCAGAUGUUACAUGCAAUUAUAUUUAUUAAUAGAUAUUAAAGACUAAUAAGAAAAUGAAUAUUUAGAAUUAAUAAACAAAUACCAUGGUUAUAAAAUUCAUAAUUUAUUAAGAAUUAUGGUUCAAAGUGAUUAUAGGUAUUUUACAUAAGUUAUGUAAUCAUAAGAAUUUACUGAUUUAAUUACUCCUCUUAAUAUACUUGAUAAUAAGCAAUUAUUUAUUCAAUUUUUUGAAAAAAAACAGUAGAAAAAGGAUGAAAUCUGGGAAAGGAUUAAAAAAAAUUUUGAAAUUGAUUAGUAAUAAUUAGUCUGGUAGAAGUAUAAUAAAUCUAAUUUAUAGUUUAUAAUCAAAGAAAAAGAAAUACCAAAAUAUCGAGUAGAAUAUUAGGUUUCUAAUAUUAAUACAAAUAAACUUGAGUAUGAUAUAACAGAUCUAGUGAUUAUUAAUCAACAAAUAAAUUAGAAUUAUGAAAGAGUAGUAUUAUUGACAACAAUUUAAGGAAAAAUAAUUGUUCAUUCAAAUAACACUUAAUUAAAUAUAUUUUAAUGUAGUACUAAAUCAUUAAGGUCCGUAAUCAAAUUUAAAUUAGAGUAAAGUAUAUACGUUGCAGUAGCUGGAGAUGAUAGAAUUGUUUAUGUAUUUAAGCAAAAUGAACUUCAAAACUCUUCUCCAUAAUUAUUUUGUUAAAUUACAAAUGAAGCAUCAAAAUAAAUUUAUUCAUUAGUUUCUUAUGAUAAAUUUAUUAUAUUUGGUGAUGAAAUGGGAUUUAUUUAUAUUUAUAAGGAUUGGAUAUUUAGUACAAAAUUAUGUGCUCAUUCAAAAAGAUGCAACAAACUUUAUUAUCAUAACAAUUAAUUAUAUAGUGUUUCUCAUGAUCAAACUAUUAAAAUUUGGGAUGGUUUUAACUUUAUGUAAAAGUACAUCAUAACUGGACACACAGCUAAUAUAUUAAAUUUAUACAUAUUUGAUAAAUAUAUCUAUUCAUUUUCAGAAGAUAAGAUGGUUAGAUUUAUUGAAUUUAACCUUACAAAUUCGAAAUAUGAUUUUGUUUAUUAAACUAAAUUUGAAUCUGCCGUACUAUGUUGUCUAUAAUAUAAUGAAUAAUUGCUGAUGUUUGGAAACAAAACUGGAUAGUUAUUGAUUUAUGAUAUUAAAGAGAGAAAAAUUUUGUAUACACAUAAAAUUCAUUUAAAUAGUAUUUCAGCAAUAAAUUGGAUAUCUCAUUCUCAAAAUUAAUUUUUAACAAUAGGACAAGACAAAAUAUUUAGAAUUAAUGCUAUCAAAUGUUGA